ACAACACGCUUUUGAUUCGCCACUUCUCUGUCACGUGACCCCACAUCCGCUCCGUGACUGUUGCUGUUUGGCAGCUAUGACAACGAACUUUGAAAGUUAGAUGAAUGGCCUCGGUGAAGAAGAAGUUUUCCUCCUCUAUAGGGUAUCAACAUUGUCUGAAAUGCACGGUGUACUUGGACAUUCAGGCAGUCACAUGCCCGGGAGUGCUACUGUCUAAGAAGUAUGAUAUCUACCUCCGUGUCUGCAUCAUGGGCCAGUACAGGAAGACUGCCUGUGUGCCUCCGGACUUCCCUUUGCUUUUCCAGCACAAAAUGGUUUUUGUCAAGAUAUUCCCCGGCGUUGUUGACCCUGCUGAUGUAGCUGACCUCCUCGAAGCUGACACAACAUCUUUUGAGCUGAUUCAGUUGGUGCCUCCAGAAGGUGAGGUACUUGCCACAAUGGAGGAAAGCAGCAGAGAUUUCCUGUAUCCAGGUCCCAGGUGGAGCUCAAGAGUCGCAGAGCGAGAAAUACUGAUGAAAAGAUCAUCCUCAUUUCCUGGAAUCUCCCCUAAAGUAGUGUUUUCCACGACAUCAGUCAUAGAAGACAGUGAUGGGAGAGACAACCGGACAGCCUCACCUUUUGGCUGUGUUUCUCCAGCGAGGCCAUCCUUAACCCUUUCCAGACGGAGUUCAGCAAAAAAGCCUACCAGCGGGCAUUUUUCCAAAGCAGAUGGUGGGAAGUGUGUCUCUUUGAAAAGUGGGAAGGACAAGCUGAGUGUUGAUGCUAAAAUUACAAACUCUGCACCGUCAUCAACAUCCAGGCAAUCCCCGCCAGGCCGCAGUCCUCCAAAAAACAAGAAGGGAAAAAAAUGCGCCCUAUCCGGAGUUUCUGCCGAGCGCGGCUACCAGCAGCCCACCGUUUCCUCAAGGACGCGAGCCCUGUCUCCUUACACCCACCGAAGGAUGUGCCAGCUGUCCGAGGAUGCCAGGCAGAGGCUCAGCCACCUCCAGCUGGGGCCUCACUACUUUAGGAAAGAAACCGAGAGCCCGACGCCCUUCUUGGUUUCUCGCUGCAGCGACGUCUCUGAGAUGGGAACGUUUUCCUCCUGUGCACUAAAUACUAGCGUUCAUCGGCGCUCCGUGAGCUUCUCGGCUGACCCCACAGAUUCUUCUCUGCUUGGGAGUUACAGGCCAAGAACAGCGAGAGUGGAAUCGGGAUUUGUGAGGGAGGACUCUCCUCCAAAGACUCCAUCCCGACAUGAACCCCAAAUUAAAGGCCUGCUUAGAAGUUCUGCCUCAGCUCCCUCCAACCUGACUGUACAAAACUCCAGAAAUCCUUUGAGUCGCAGCAGCCAUUCCCUCAGAGAAAGACUCAGAGCCAGUCAGACCAGUCCUCCACACUGGGAGCAAAUCCAUAGCAGAGUCCAGAGGAUUCUUCAGACUCACAAAACAAACCUGGACCAAAGAGCAAGCUUUGACCUUUAACCCUCUGAUCUGACUUAGAAGAGACCAAAUUAUGGAAGUUGCCGUACUCAGAGUUUUAAUUAUUAGAGCAGUAACUGAUAAUGCACAUAUCACAGUCAUAUUUAAAAACAGAGGUUCUGCAGGCUACCAGUUUUGUACAUACAGACACUAACACGUUAGCCUGUCACAGAUAUGCACAUGUAUCUUAAUUAAGCUCUAUUUCUUGUUCAUUUAAAUUGCAAACCUUCCCAGCACGUGCUGAUUUGCUUUUGUUGGUGCAGAGGUUAUGUUCAAAAGCAUCGAGGCACCACUUCACUCCCACCUCUCAGCUGGGCUUUUUUUUUUUUUUUUUUUUUAAAG